UACCGGAGGGUCAUAAAAUUUUCCAGUUUGGAUACUGUGCGUACGCCGCUACCCUGCUUCCUUUUCCUUUCUCCAAGACUGAGCAGUAUAAUUUAUCUCUCUCCCCUGUCGAAGAAGUCCUCACUUAUACUUUUUAACCAAACAACAAAUUAAACAUGUCUGACGUCGAAGAACAACCAAUUGUCGAAGAAGUUGCCGUUGAACAGCAGUCCGGCUCUAUCUCCAUCGAAGAUGCCUUGAAGGGUGUUUUGAGAACCUCUUUGGUUCACGAUGGUUUGGCUCGUGGUUUGAGAGAGGCCUCUAAGGCUUUGUCCAGAAGAGAAGCCCAGAUGUGUGUCUUGUGUGACUCUGUUACCGAAGAAAACAUCAUUAAGUUGGUCGAAGCUUUGUGUAACGAGCCAGAAGAGAAGAUUCCAUUGAUCAAGGUCUCUGACGCCAAGAAGUUGGGUGAAUGGGCCGGUCUCUGCUCUUUGGACAGAGAAGGUAACGCCAGAAAGGUUGUCGGUGCCUCUUGUGUCGUCAUCAAGAACUGGGGUGCUGACUCUGCCGAACGUAACGUUUUGUUGGAGUACUUCUCCCAGCAGUAGAUUAUUUCACUAAACUUGUAACCAGGGCUUGCCUCUGCGAGUUUAUUUGAAUGUAUUCUGUUGAAAGCACCAGGAACAAUGCCCCGAGAUAAAGGGUUUUUGUAUUUAUGAAUAAUUUGUACUUGUUUUCUGUUGAUUAUAUUGUAGCAAUGC